AUGUCCCAUUCCAUACAUUCAUCAAUUAAGGAUCUUCAGAAGGAUAUUUACUUUGGUACUGAGUUCUUAAAUCGAAUCUCGUUUUUAAGAGAAGAUAAUGAAUUCAUUUGCAAAUCAUUAUUGCAUCCAAGUACAAGAUUCAUAUUCUUUAAUAAACAACAACCAUUAAUUCAUAAGAAAUAUGAUAAUAAAUUGACAAUUUUAACUAAUGAGAAUAAUCAGUUCAAUGUUAAAGAAAUAACAAAUGAAGAAAAAACAAUUUCAAUUUCACUAGGCUUGAAAAAUUUAAAAGGUUGGGAUGAUAUUCUACAAAGAUUCAUCAAUGAUAACAAAAAUCAAAAUAAAGAUAUAAGGGAUGAUAAGAAGCCGGUCUUUUUGUUUAUGGGGUUGUUAGAUGAAUCAACGGGUUUAAAUUUGAAAGAAUUAAAAAUGGAGAAUAGUGAGUGUGAAAAUUUCCUUGAUUAUCAAGGUAGAUACCAAGGUAUUGCGUAUUAUGCAGUUGACUUAACACCAAAUAAAGAAUUACAAAGUGAGAUUUUAAAUUUCAUUAGUGGUCAAAUUCAAGGAGAAUUAUUUUUUACUUAUUCUCGAAAACAUUAUCUUAGUUUUAAUUCCAAAGAGGCUGCAUUAUUUUCCCAUGCUUCAAUGUAUUUUGAUUGGCUUAAUAAGAAUAGAUAUUGUGUUGGUUGUGGAUCAAAAAUGAUUCCAAUUCAUGCUGGUGGUAAACUACAAUGUACAAAUGAAGAGAAGAAAAGUGAAGAUUAUAUAUGUAAAGUUAAAAAUGCAACUGUUUCAAAUGUAUGUUUUCCAAGAACAGAUAUGGUUAUAAUAACAAUAGUGGUAAAUAAAGAUAGAUCUAAGAUAUUAUUAAGUUUGAAUAAAAGAUAUGAAAUAACUAAAAUGUAUACUUGUACUGCUGGAUUUAUGGAACCUUCAGAAACCGUUGAAGUUGCAACAAAAAGGGAAAUUUGGGAAGAAACUGGAGUUUUGAGUUCUUCUAUAAAUAUUAAAAUGACUCAACCUUGGCCAUUUCCUGCUAAUUUAAUGAUUGGAUGUCUCGCUGAAGUUGAAUUUAAUAAUAAAAAUGAAAUUAUACACUUAGGUCAUGAUAAUGAAUUAAGUGAUGCUAGAUGGUUUGAUGUUGAUUUUGUUAGAAAAUUAGUGUAUCCAAAUGAAGCAAAAGAUGAAGAUUGGAAUCCAGAAGAAAUAAUUAUCCCUAUGCCAGAAUCUAUUGCUUUCCAAUUGAUCAAAUUAGCAGUUGAUGAAGCCAAAGAAUUUGAAGAAAAGAGAAAUGUGAAUAAAUUAUAA